GCCAGACAUGCGUCAUUCGUCAAGCACCGAGCAGCGACUCGCCGAAUCGCGAGCAGUGUGGAUGUCUGUUUGUCUAUUCGGCAAGCAGCAAACAUUAGUGCUCGUUGUUUCCCGUUCAGUGUCGGUCUUUUGCACACUUCAAAGUGGACGAAUAUUUGGGAAAAGGCAAACUUUGCUUCAUCCACACAUUCGGCUUUGUGGUUGGGAGAUAAGAACUGUUCACGGUUUCCAAUUUUGUCAUCAGAGCCUCAUUGACUAUUGGGUAUGGAGUGGCCUAAUGAGUUGGUGUUGGAUUUCUUACAAUACUAUGAGAAUGAACCAGUUAUUUGGAACCCUUCUCAUCCCAAUCACAAAAAUAGAAAUGAAAUAUACGAUGCAUGGAAAAGAAUCGAAAGCAAGAUGGGUAACAAGUUUUUCCUGUCACCGAAUUUGA